AUGGCCACCAGGAAGCCCAACGUGCCAGCAGUCAAUGGUAGCAAAGACAACAGGACCGGAGGAAGAGCUCAGCCCCUGGGGCCAGGGCAGGCAGAAUGGCCGGUUGGGGCCAUGACCCAAGCCUCACAGAGCAGCGGAGGCUGCCGGCGGGCAGGGACCAGGGUCUCCGAGAAGCCCCGCUGGGUGGGGGAGCCCCCGUGGCGGGCGGCAGCGCGCCAGGCUCCCGAGCCCGUACCCAUUCGGUUGGCACAUGCCCCAGCUCGCGCCCUCUGGUCCGGUUUGUCCUGGCACCGCGCCGUUUCUAUCGGAAGCGGCUUGUAUCUCCCAGAAGUCAGCAGAAAGUCCCCAACACAAUCGGGGGGAGAUGAAAGCGCCGGGGAGGCUGCGGAGGGGGAAGCUGCGGCGGCAGCGGCCAGGGAUGGAGAGGCCGGCAGGGCGGGGGUCUCGAGGGGCCUCCUUCCCUCCCAGCCCGGGGCUACAGGCCUUCGGCUUCCCCGCGCUGGCCUCAUCCCAGGCUCUCUGGCCCUGCGCCGGGCAGACCUCAGGCUCGGGGGCCGGGGCAGGGCCAGGGGAGGUCAUCGGCCUUGGACCUGGAGCCCUGAGGGGCCGGAGUGGGGGAGAGAGAAGGAAUCCGAAGGCACUGAGCGGUAUGGAAAGCCGUCCAAGGGGCCCCUGGGAUCAUCCCCAGGCCCAGCCUGGGGGGCACAGGGCGGGGCAGCAAAAGUCAGCCUCCUCGGAGGCAUUGAAUGUCAGAUUUGGGGUUUCCAUUUUUCCCAACAUCCCCUCUCUUGGGCAUCUCCCUGCUCCCAACUGCCAAAUAACACAGUGCCUCUAGACGGAGCCGGCACCCCGAAACCCCAACAUCAUUUGUGGCUUUAUGUCCCCCGUCCCCUCGUCCCCCAUCACCUAUCCCCUGUCCCAGAUCAGGCUACCUCAAGGGAAUAUUUGGGAGAUGACCAGUGAGCUUUCCCAUAGUUGCACCCCCAAAGCCUAGGGGGGAGCAAGCCCUUGAACUGGGAUUCUCCCAAAUACUUGCACCCCCAAAUAGCAGGCACACACACCCAGAACACAUGCACACCCAGAGGACUUGAUGUUUCACAGUUUCUGGCUGGGGCUGGUGGCACCCCAAUAACAUGGUCCCUGCUAGCAGAGGAACCCCAAUCUCCACAGACCCCAUCCAACAAACUCUGGUGAGCAGGAAGAUCUAGCUCAGGGAUCCACCCAGCGAACAGAGAUCCCACUUAUUCAACGAGACCACUACAGAGGGACCCCAAAAAUCGAGCCCGAGGGAGACGGCAUCCGCCAAGUCCCCCCUGAAACUUCGUUAGUAGAGAGAGAAAUGGAGCUAACCCGUCUGGAGGCAAAAGCUCUUGGGCCAGACCUCCCUUAGCAGAGAGAGACCCCUAGGUAGCCUUGGCCUAGAUCUGCCUGACCUGUCAUCAUAACUUAGAUAAAUAGAAUUAUUAUUAAUUAGCACUAUUCACUAUUCUCCAUUCACAGGGGGAGCUUCAUAUGCACAAGCCUGGCAGCAGCCUCCCUCGCCUUUGGGAGGUUACCCCACCCCUGGGAUGGGUCCCCACACUGCUCCCCAUUAGGCCAUUAACCCCACCUCCUGGGUUCUGGCUCCGGAAAAGGGGCACCCAGGGGACAAUAAAUUAUCAUCAUCAUCAUCAUUA